AUGAGUCUCGAUAUUGCGCCGCGAUAUGGCACAAAGGAAAUCAUUCAACUGGAUCCGAGGAAAGGCGAACGGGAUUACAGCAUAUUGGUCAUCAAUCCCAAUACCUCAACGCACAUGACCGAAGCCCUGAAGCCCAUAUUGGCCAGCAUGAACUACCAAGACGUGCACUUCGAGUACUUCACUGCUCCAGACUCCACUGUGGAAAUUGACGGAGUCGAAAUUGAACCAAUCGCCAGCAUCAAUAACGCCGAAGAAUCGUGCAAGUCGGCAUUGAAUUGCUGGCCCGUACGAGAGUUUAUCGGCGAUUACGACGCGUUUCUUGUAGCGUGUUACUCUGCGCAUCCAUUCGUCGGCAGGCUUAGGGAGGAUAUCGCGGCAAGCGAAGAAGCGAGCUCAGCGAGAAACAAAUAUGUCACUGGAAUAUUUGAAGCAUCCAUCACAGCUGCGCUCUCCUUGGUUAGUGGUUUCGCAUUGCAAGAUCCAAUCAAUCCAGCAGAGAAACUACGAAAGUACCAAGAGAAGGGCAGCUUUGGUAUUGUGACUACUGGCUCCGCGUGGAAGGAGGAGCUCACCAAUGCGGUUCAGGGAGCGCUGGGUUACGACUUUGAGGACGGAAGCUCCAUGCACUUUGCAGGCGUCGAGACUACAGGUCUGACGGCAGUUGAACUCCACACCACAGAACCAGAGGAGGUUCGACGGAGGAUCAUCGAUGCUACCCGCAACCUGCUUCGGAACUCGGAAUCUCGUGUGAAGGUUGUCUGUCUGGGCUGUGCAGGUAUGGCUGGUAUGGAGGAAGCGGUACGGGAGGGGUGUACUCAGGAAUAUGGACACCCGGAAGGCCAACGGGUACGAAUUGUCGAUGGCGUAGUUGCCGGCGCUGGAAACCUCAUUACAGCCUUGAAGGCAGGGUUUUGA